AUGCGCGAUAUGUCAAAAGUUGUCCAAGGUUUAUACCAAGCUGACCAUCGGAGCAUUGAGGACAGGGAUAUCUUGCUGAAGCUAUGGUAUCAUGAGUGCCAACGCGUGUAUCAAGAUCGCUUGGCAUCUGCCUUGGAUGUAGACCAAUUUAUAGAGAUAUUGGACGGAAUUCUUGAGAAAAACUUCCAGAUGAGGACAAAGGAUUUGACGAAGGAACGUGGCAUUCUAUUUAGCCACUUGCGAGGUCACAUGCUGCUAGUGGGUAUAGGAGGUAGUGGAAGAAAAUCGCUGGCCACAUUUGCUACGAAACUACUCAAGCUAAACCUCUGGCGAAUCCGAGUGACGAAGAAUUUUACAGUUCGGGACUUUCAGGAGGAAUUAAAACAACACAUUGUGAAAGCAGGGAGAGAUGGUGUCCGCUCAAGUUUACUUCUGACUGACAAAGAUCUCAAGACUGACGCAUUCUCAGACUGUCUGAACAGCUUACUAGGCUCUGGACAAAUCCCGGGAAUGCUAGAUGCUGACAGUCUUGGAAUGCUGCUCAAGGACCUUCAACCUGCAGCUGAAGCUGCAAAGGUUUCACAACAGCCGGAUGCAAUGUAUGAGUUUUUCUUAGCACGUGUUAGAGAGAAUCUUCGAGUGCUUCUCUGCGUCAGUCCAAUCGGGAGCACAAUGAGGGACUAUUGCCGGAUGUUCCCUGCAUUCAUUAAUGAAACGACAAUAGACUGGUUCUUCACGUGGCCCCGCGAGGCUCUUGAGGAGGUUGCAGCUACCUUCCUGGAGUCUGCUGAUAUGGAAGCUAAUGCUAGGGAAUCAGUUGCACGAGCCAGCAGCUAUGUUCACAUGGAUGCCAUAGAGGAGGCUGAAAUCUUUCGGAAAGAGGCUAAGAGAACCAGCUUCAUUACCCCAACGAAGUUUCUUCGACUCGUUAGAGCGAAGAAAGAUGGAGUUCACGAGAAAAUAGAUAAGCUUUCAAGUGGUCUAGGCAAGCUAGUAGAGGCGCGUGAACAGGUGGAGGCAAUGAAUGAAGAGCUUGAAGCCAAAAAGGAGGACGUCGCAAGAAAGCAGCGCGAAUGUGACGAGCUGAUGGUGGUUAUUGUCGAAAAACGCACUCUGGCGGAUGAACAGAUGAAGCAGGUUGAAGCUGACAGUGCCCGUAUUCAAACCGAAGAAAUGGAAACGAAAAUUCUGUCAGAUGAAGCCAGGCGAGAUCUUGCGAAGGCGAUGCCAGCACUAGAAGCAGCAAUAGACGCACUGGAGAAACUUGAUAAGAAGUCUGUGGCGGAAGUCAAAGCAUACACCAAGCCUCCAGGUCCUUGA